GACAUUACGUCGGCCAUAGUACGUAGGUAUACGCUAGUGGUAAGAAGGGGAAUGUCGGGUUGUGAAUGAUCGGUUUCUGAGCGGUAGCGAACGUCAACAUUAUGGCUCAACAAAAGAAUCUGGAGGGAUAUGUGGGCUUUGCUAGCCUUCCCAACCAAGUGUACAGAAAGUCUGUGAAGAGAGGCUUUGAAUUCACCCUGAUGGUUGUGGGUGAAUCAGGAUUGGGCAAGUCCACGUUGAUCAAUUCUCUGUUCCUAACAGACUUGUACUCUUCAGAAUACCCUGGGCCUUCACACAGAGUCAAAAAGACUGUACAGGUAGAGCAAUCCAAAGUGUUAGUAAAGGAAGGUGGUGUCCAGCUCCUGCUCACUAUAGUUGACACCCCAGGAUUCGGCGACGCUGUGGACAACAGCAACUGCUGGCAGCCGGUCAUCGACCACAUAGACAGCAAGUUUGAGGAUUACCUCAACUGUGAGUCGCGGGUGAACAGACGACUGAUGCCCGACAGCAGAGUGCAGUGCUGCCUCUACUUCAUCGCCCCCUCGGGACACGGACUGAAGCCUCUGGAUAUUGAGUUUAUGAAACGGUUGCAUGAGAAGGUGAACGUCAUCCCACUGAUCGCAAAAGCAGACACUCUCACCCCAGAGGAGUGCCAACAGUUCAAGAAGCAGAUCAUGCGGGAAAUCCUGGAGCACAAAAUCAAGAUCUACGAGUUCCCAGAGACGGAUGAUGAGGAAGAGAACAAACUGGUGAAGAAGAUCAAGGACCGUCUUCCCCUGGCCGUGGUGGGCAGUAACACCAUCAUCGAGGUGAAUGGGAAAAGGACCAGAGGACGACAGUACCCCUGGGGAGUGGCAGAAGUUGAGAACGGAGACCACUGUGAUUUCACCAUCCUACGAGACAUGCUCAUCAGAACCCACAUGCAGGACCUGAAGGACGUGACCAAUAACGUCCACUAUGAAAACUAUCGCAGCAGGAAGCUGGCGGCCGUCACCUACAACGGACAGGACAACAACAGGGUCAAGGGUCAACAGUCGACCAAGAGCCCCCUGGCUCAGAUGGAGGAGGAGCGGAGGGAGCACGUGGCCAAGAUGAAGAAGAUGGAGAUGGAAAUGGAACAGGUGUUUGAGAUGAAGGUCAAGGAGAAGACAAAGCUGAAAGAUUCCGAGGCUGAGCUCUCGAGGCGUCAUGAGCAGAUGAAGAAGAAUCUGGAGGCCCAGCACAAGGAGCUGGAGGAGAAGAGACGCCAGUUUGAGGAUGACCGGGCCAACUGGGAGACCAAUCAGCGUCUGGAGCAACAGAGAAUGGAUGCCUCCAGGACUCUGGAAAAGAACAAAAAGAAGGGAAAGAUAUUUUAGAGACAGUUUGCAGAAACACCAAGUUGUACUUGUUGCCAAUGUUGCCAGCCCGGACAUCCGUGUGUGGCACCAAACCAACACCAAAGCUCUUGUACAGCCCAGCUGGGUCUGCAUGUACUGUCACAAUGACCGGAAGAGAGCUGCCUGUGGACUUCUCCAAGGAAUGUGUUUACCUUAACGAAACUUACCGUCUUAGACAGGCCAAACCCAUAUAUAACUGAAUACUGUCCCCCCCCCCCCCCAAGGUUGCUAUGUCUAUUUAACAACUGAUGUCUACAGUUUUAUGCAGAGCAACAAAAAAAAUGAACUGUUGUACAAUCAUGUUUCAGGGGUUUUAUUCGUUUACAUGCACAAAAGCUCUCCCAUGAUGUGAAAAGGAAAUGGCAUUAAAAUCCUUUUGUUUAGUAAAGUGUAACAGAUAAACCUCAUACUGAACAGCUCCCCAUGCAGUGUAGCCUAACACGAAACAACUGUCUCAGUGUAGCCUAACACGAAACAACUGUCUCAGUGUAGCCUAACACGAAACAACUGUCUCAGUGUAGCCUAACACGAAACAACUGUCUCAGUGUAGCCUAACACGAAACAACUGUCUCAGUGUAGCCUAACA